CGGUGUCUGUGCACGGAGCCGGGGCAGCGACAAACAGGAAGAGCAACAGGGACACGGUGGGAGGCAGUGAGCAUCAGCGGGCAUCGCAGGCAGGAUGUGCAGCGCCCCAAGGGCAGACCCUGCGGUACCUGAGCUGCACCCUCAGUAAAACGCCCCCCAGUCGUUCCCUGACCCGCAGACAGGGUGCGAUGGCACCCAUGUGGCUGCCGAGCACGUUGAUAUGGGAACAAAGCGGCAUUUCACUCCCUUUAGCUUCCUGAACACUUUCAAACCCCCGGGUUCAGACCGUCGUGCACAGCGCCCGCGGCCCCGUGCCGGGACGGACGGAGCCCACGCCUCGGGGCGGCAGAGGAAGCUGGGGAGGAGAAGGAGCUUUGCCACCCUGAGCUGCUGCCCGCGCCAUGGGGACGACUGCCCAAAGAAGAACCGGCAUCACCCACAUCUCCCUGCCAGGGGCUGCUCGGGGCUGCUAGUGGUGGAGCCUUGGCAGCCUCCUCCAGCCAGACCACCCCAUCACCUCUUGCUCAACCAUUCAGAUAGAGCAGUUUCCUCUUGACAGUUGCUGAUACUUGUGGGAUGGAGGAAGCUGUCCCAGGGCCGUUCCCCCCACCCCAGUAUGUCCAAACAACAGGAACUGGCCAUGACCCUCACAGCAUCCUCGUCUGCUCCUCAUCCCUGGGGGGCUGCUGUCCUCCAUGUUAAGCUCACGAGCUCCCAUCCCACCCCAUCCAACCCACAGAUCCUCCUGGUGGGGUGCUACAGGCGCUCUCUCCAUGUCACCCGUGGAUGCUGGAGCCCUGAUGCCACGGCAACGAGGACCCGAAACACCUCCUCUGCUUAGGGAUUUUCUCAUCCUGGUCCAGCAAGGGGUUCACCAGUCUCCUUGUGUCUCUCUCAUCUGCCCUGUGUUUUCCAGCCGCUUCUCCUCUGAUGGCAACUCCUUCCCUCGGCAGCUGAGGCCCCCCCACUCCCACUCCUCGUGCUUCAGGGUGAGCGCUUCGUGGCUGCCGCAGCAUGGUCCAAGCCUGCUCAGUGUGCCACAGAGCUCAUAACAGCAGCCUGACAGCCCGGGUGGCCACCAAAGCCAUGGACAAGGCAGACAAGCCCAGUCCCUCUGCGAAGAAGCACGUGCGGCUCCAAGAGAGGAGGGGCUCCAACGUGUCGCUGGUGCUGGACAUGAGCUCGCUGGGCAGCGUGGAGCCCAUCCAGCCCGUAUGCACCCCGCGGGACGUCACGCUGCAGUUCCUGAGGACAUCCAGCCACGUGCUGAGGACGGAGGAGCUUCAGCAGCGCGCCCAGAGCCUGGCACAGCUCCAGGAGGAGUUCUCGAAAAUCCCACCCAACUUCAUCAGUCCGGAGGAGCUGGAGAUCCCUGGACGUGCCUCCAAGGACAGAUACAAAACCAUCCUCCCCAAUCCUGAGAGCCGGGUCUGCCUCAGGAGGGCAGGGAGCCAGGAGGAAGACGGCUACAUCAAUGCCAACUACAUCACGCAGGGCUAUGCAGGACGUCCCCGGGAGUACAUUGCCACCCAGGGGCCCAUGCUGAACACCGUGACUGAUUUCUGGGAGAUGGUGUGGCAGGAGGAAGCACCCAUCAUCGUCAUGAUAACCAAGCUCCAGGAGCGCAAGGAGAAAUGUGUCCACUAUUGGCCUGAGAAGGAGGGCACCUACGGCCCCUUCACCAUCCGUGUGCAGGGGAUUAGCGAGUGUGCGGAAUACGUGGUCCGCAGUCUGUCCAUCCAGCUGGAAGGUGAAUGCCGCCACGUCAAACACAUCCUCUUCCCUUCCUGGCCUGACCAGCAGACACCUGAGUCAGCCAAGCCCCUGCUGCACUUGGUGUCCAAAGUGGAGGAGACUCUGCAGGCUGCAGCCAGCCCAGGGCCCAUCGUUGUGCACUGCAGUGCAGGCGUCGGUCGGACGGGCUGCUUCAUUGCUACCAGGAUUGGGUGCCAGCAGCUGAAGGACAAGGGAGAUGUGGACAUCCUGGGAAUCGUGUGCCGCCUCCGCAUCGACAGAGGCGGGAUGAUCCAGACCAGUGAGCAGUACCAGUUUCUCCAUCACACACUAGCCCUGUACGCUUCCCAGCUGCCAGAAGCAGGGGGCCAUUAGCACCGGGCUCCACCAGCGCUGCCUCGCUCUGAGCCCCCCGGUGCCAAACCUGGGGACAACUCUGCUGAAUCUGCUCCUGCUGCAGCCGGCCAUGAGCCUGAGCCUCCCACAGGCUGAGCAAAGCCGUCCGGAUUGUGGCCCCGCAAGCAGGGUUUGGGUUUCACAAGGCACGCGGCAGGAUGCACCAUGCAGAAGAGCAAGCUGCGCACGGGAACUGAUGCUGAGCGAUCUGCCUGCUAGAAACAAACAGAGCUUCUCCUCCAGCUGCACAUCAUCUGCGGGCAGAAGCUGGGACACGCAGGGCUCACUCCCAGCAAACUCUUCGAUGCUCUUCUUGCUAAAGACACACCUGGAGGAUUUAGUCCAAAGCUGCACUGCUGGUUGCCUUCAUUACAUGGCCUGCUUUCCUCUCUGCCUUCAGCCAUUGCCUUCCCACCUGCCUUACAGUAGGGGAUACUCCUAAGUGUGUCUGCACUUUCGCAAGCACUAUGCUCCAAAUUGUAACCCAGCCUCAUCACACGAGGGUGGGUGUUUGUGUUCUUGGGUUGUGGGUUUUUUUUGUUGGAAUCAGAGCAAAAUAAUACACCCGUUUUGUUGUUCCUUUU